AUGGACCUGUGCCAUGUCCCUGCCACCCGGGAGAAGGGCUGGUACUUGGCACUGAUGGCCCCCAACGUCAAAGGUCCCAACUACGCCUGGCUGGACCCCUCCCGGCUCUACUGCCAUCCGCAAGGCUUGCAGGACUGCCUGGCUGACCUGCUGCAGCCCUUCCAGGGAGAUCCCAUCGACAUGGUGGCUGGCAUUGAUGUUGCUGGACCCCCCCAGGGUGCUUUGGCUGCUGCCACACUGCAGAAAGGUUUCCUGGCUAUCCGCAAAGCUGGACACCUCUGUGUGCAGACACUGACACAGCCCUACACAGACUACUCGGGCCGAGAGAAGGUGAUGGAGGUCCGCACUGAUGUCAUCUCGCCAGGUCUGCGCAUCCUUCUCGUGGACCAGUGGGUUGAAACUGGGGGCACCAUGCGAGCAGCCAUUGGGCUGGUGGAGCGGCUG